GCCGGCCGAGCCCCCGCGGGCGGCGCGAUGGCUUCCAAGGAGCGCCUCUACGAGCUCUGGAUGCUCUACUUCGCCAAGAAAGACUUGUCCUACCUGCAACAAUGGCUGGAAACCUUUGUCGCAAAUUUCGAGAAGAUCAUCGCUGUGAAUUCACUGGAUCCAAGAAGGCCGGAGGACUCGGUCUCCGAGAUCCCGCUGCUGCCCCACGACGUCCUCGAGAUGCUGACCCAGCAGCUGACCGGCAGCGUCGCCCAGAUCUCCCACGAGGAGGUGGCGGAGGCGGGACUCAGCCGGGCUCUCCUGCUCGUCAAGUUCUUCAUCAUCAUUUGCAGGAAUCUGGAAAACGUCCAAGCGGAUCAGCCCCCGGCGUUUGUGCGCGAAGUGAUCGGUUUGCUGUCUGCCUAUUCUAAAAAGCUCAAGAACACCCCAGGGCAGGGCUUGCCGUACCGGGGUCAGCUGGAGAACGUCGCUUUGUACGCCCUGCACCUCUGCGAAUGCCUCUUUGACCCCUACCAGACGUGGAGGAGACAGCUGAGCGGGGAGAUCGUCAGCAUGAAAGAGAAGAGCAAAUACAAGUUUGCACCGGCUGCCCUCCCUCCAGAGUUCAGCUCCUUUUUCCAAGAGUGUUUCCAAGAGGAGGAACAGCUUCCGGAGGCCCUCCAGCUGCGGCUCAUCCACCUCUUUGGGGCCGUCGUCUCAGGUUCCAAGCGAAACGCCCUGGCGCUGGUCACGCCAUCCUCGGUUGAGGUCCUCAUGCUGGUUCUCCGGAGGUGGUGUUCUCCGGCCAGCGGGUCUCCCAGGGAUCUCCGCUUGCUGCAGCUGACCUUGAAGAGCUUGGUGGAGAUGGUCCACGUCCUCCACGUCAGCAGCCCCAGCCAGCCCCAGGUGGAAAUCAGGGCCAUCUUGGGCAGCUUCUUCAAAGUCCUCAACUCUGACCAGCCCAUGGCCUCGCUGGACAGCUCGCCGGGACCCCACUGGGAGGAGAAGCUCAUCACCCUCAGGGUGAACAUGCUGGAUGCUAUCCCAGAAAUGUUGAACUGCGAUGACCGGCCCGUCCUGCAGGCAAUCUUCCUCAGCAACAACUGCUUUGAGCACAUCAUCCGGCUCAUCCAGAACAGCAAGCUCUACCUGAGCGCUGAGUGCAAAUCCUCGGGGAGCGAUCUGGCCGCCUGGUUGCUGACCGAGAUGGAUAUCCAUCAGGUCUUUGACACCCGCUCGGAUGCCCUGGCAGUUCACGCCAUUGGGGUGCUGACGUCCAUCAUGAGUGGCUCUCCUUCAGCCAAGGAGGUGUUCAAAGAACGGAUCGGCUACUCCCAUUUGCACGAAGUCCUGAAGAGCCAGAGCCAGCCAACUCAGAGGCUCCUGCAGGAGCUGCUGAAUAUGGCGGUCGAAGGUGACCACGCCUCUUGCCCCGCUCGCCCCAUCCGCAACGAGCAGCCGCUGUUGAUUCUGCUCACCUGGCUCCCAGAGCUGAAGUCGUGCGAACUGCAGAUCUUCGUGUCCGAGCGGCUGAAGAACAUCUGCAACUCCUCCCUCCAGAGCCGCACGACCUGCGUGAAGGCGGGGAUGGUGGGCUGCCUGCUGGACGCCCUCUGCACCGCCGAGCGCCGACUGGAUGCCAAAUGCGCGGAGAACCUCAUCUGUUUGCUGCAAUCCCUGGGCAGCCUCUCCAUCCGGCCGGGCGAGUUCAGGCAACUCCUCAGGCUCCUCCGGAGUGACCCGGGCAAGGGACCCCACCCCUACACCACCCAAGUCAUCCGCGCGCUCUCAGGCAUGGCCCGGAAGGAUGGGCCGGAACGAGCCCUGCAGUACUUCGACCUCACCCCCAGCAUGGCGGGGAUUAUGGUGCCCUCCAUCCAGAAGUGGCCCGGAAGCGGCUUUGCCUUCCACGGCUGGGUGUGCCUGGUGGAGGAGGUGAAGGAGUCCGCCGAGGAGGCCGCCAAGCUGAAACGGAAGCAGCUGUACAGCUUCUUCACCGCCAGCGGGACGGGCUUCGAGGCCUUCUUCACAGCCGACGGGAUGCUGGUGGUGGCCGUCUGCACCAAGAAGGAGUACAUGACGGUCGCUCUCCCGGAGCUUCCUUUCAACGACAGCGCCUGGCACUGCGUCGAUAUUGUCCACAUCACCGGCCGACGGCCCUUCGGUCAGAACCUCGUGAACGUCUACGUGGAUGGGCAGCUCCGAAAAAUGGCUCAGCUGCGUUUCCCCUCUCUGGGGGAGUCCUUCACUUCCUGUUGCAUCGGCUCCGCCGGCCACCGGACGACCACCACGACCACCCCCAACCUGCCCUCCCCGUGUCACUCGCCAGACCUGGCCUUCCCUCCUCACCCUCCCCUGAGCCGCUCUCAGUCUUUCCCAGCCUCUCUGGCACCGCACUCCUGGAUGCCCAUUCCGUCUCAGGUCCCUCGGGAAGGUGUGGUUUCCACGACGCUCGCUGGGAGCCAGGACACAGAGUGGGGGAUGCCCACAUCCCUGGAGGGCCACCUCGGAUCUGUUGCCAUCUUCUACGAAGCUCUCCAGCCGGCUCAAGUGAAGGCACUCUACUCCUCAGGACCAAACGUUACAUCUCCGUUUAAGCCAGAAGGGGAUUUCUUGGAGUUCAGCAGCAAACUCCUUCUGUAUUACACGCCGCAGGCUUGCAAAAGCAACAUCUGCCUGGACCUUUCCCCAAACCACUUCUUCGAUGGGAGGCUGACGGGGCACAAAGUGGUGAACUGGGAUGUCAAGGAUGUGGUCAACUGCGUGGGUGGAAUGGGGGUGCUCCUCCCCUUGCUGGACCAAGCGGCGUCACAGAAAAAGGAGGCGGAAGACAAUCAGGAAACCCACGAUUUGGUCGGCCCGGAGCUGACUUCAUCCCGGAACGCCCAGGGCCUCCUCAUCCCGCUGGGGAAAUCCUCAGAAAGCCGGCUGGAGAAGAACAGGGUGGCGGCCUUCCUCCUCUUGGUGAAGAACUUUCUCCGAGGCCACGCGGUCAAUCAGGAGAGCCUGGUCCAGUGCCACGGGCCAGCAAUCAUGGGAGCCCUGCUCCAGAAUGUCCCCAGCCAGAUGAUGGACAUGAACGUGCUGAUGGCGUCUCAGAUCCUCAUGGAGCAGGUGGCUUCCGAAGGACACCAUCUUCUGCUGCACCUCCUCUACCAGUAUCUGCUUUUCGACUUCCACAUCUGGAGCAACAGUGACUUUGCUGUCCGGUUGGGCCACAUCCAGUACCUUUCCAACAUAAUUAAGGACCACAAACAAAGGAUCCGGAAGAAAUACGGGGUCCAGUAUAUCCUAGACUCCAUCAGGACCUAUUAUGGGACUUACAAGGAGAAGCCGGUGGCAACGGACGACAUCAGGACAGUGCAGACCUCCCUCUUCAGCCUGGUCAAGGACUUCUUGUGCAGAAGCUUCUCCGCGGAUGAGAUGCAGAGCACCCUCAACUAUCUCGCUGCUGUGAAUGACGAGCACCAGGUGUGUGGGGUGCUGGAGGUGAUGCACAGCCUGCAGAAGAGCUCCCCUACCCAGGAACAGCUCUUCACCUUCCUCUUCGAGCCGGGAAACGUCGAGAUCUUUUUCUCACUUCUUGUUCAGAGGAAGUUCUCCGAGGACGUGCGGGAGAGGCUGUUCAAGAUCCUGCACAAGCUGCUGAAGUACGAGAAGGUGAGCGAGCGCAGCAAACACCGCCUGAAGCUGAAAGACAUCGGCUACCAGGGCUUCAUCUCCUCCCUGAACGACGUCCCAGUUUCCAUGCAGCUCUUCCGCCACCUCCUGGAGCAAGUCCUCGGAUCAGACACCCCAAACUACAAAGAUUUGGUGGCGGUGGUUUACCUGUCCCACCGGGCAGAGCUGACUGUCAGGCUGGACAUCUGCAGAAAGCUCUUCCACCUGAUCUACUCCCAGCACGACAUGGUGAAGCAGCUGGCCAAGCUGGCUAGCUGGCAAGACACCCUCACCAAGCUGUACGUCAAGGAGUCCUAUGAGUCGCGCCAACACAGCUUGUCAGGCUCCUCCAACAGCGGGGGCUGCUUUGACCUCCUGAGGAUCUCCGACCAGCCGGCUCCAGAAAUGGGGAAGGAGUCUGCGGAAGCCCUGAGCCCAACCACCCCUGAUCUCCAGGACCUUGACGUCUUCCUCCCGCUGGGCUACGAGACCUCGGACCAAGAGCUUUCAGAAGGUUUCUCCGACCACUCCAUCUCUCCCACCAACCAGCGGGGCAAAUCCUUCCACCCCUACAGCUUCAAACCCUUUGACUCCUUGGAUCUCGCCAGCCAUUCCUCAUCUUCCAACACCGUGGACCUCCCUGGGCAGGGUGAGGCCCACGCUGGAGACACGGUCCAUGUGGACAGGGUCUACCACCCUCUUUCUCCUUUCUCCAUGUCCCCCUUCGACCUCGGCUUGGACAUGGGGAGCUCCAGUUCUGCAGCUACGGCCGAGAGCGGAAACCAGACACCCGUCAGCUUACCCGGAACCCCUUCCCCCCUGGAGAACUUCAAGCCCUUCCCAGGGACACGAGGUCGGAAGAGCUCCAGCCUCUCCAACGUUCUGGAUGAGACCAGCUACCAGGAGACCUUGCCCAGUGACAACAUCUCCAACACGAGCAAUCCUCAGCAGACCCCCGAGGAGGAACUCUGCAACCUGCUGACCAACAUCAUCUUCUCGGUGACCUGGCGAGGGGUGGAGGGCUGGGACGACGCGGCCUGGAAGGAGCGGGGCCAGGUCUUCUCCGUCCUCACCAAGCUGGGCUCGGCCUGUGAGCUGGUGCGCCCCCCGGAUGAGAUCAAGCGCAGUCUCCUGGAGAUGAUGUUGGAGUCAGCCUUGACAGACAUCAAAGAGUCCACUCCUGCGAUGCUCCCCAGCCUCACCCAGAACGCCCUCAAGCUGCUGCGACUCCUUCAGGAUUUCUUGUUUUCGGAGGGCCAGAGCAACCCGGCCUUGUGGAGUGAGAAGGUCUACGAGGGUGUCAACAGCCUCCUGGACAAGUUGGCAGUCUGGUACCAUUUGGCCAACGGCACUUCCGACUUGAAGGAGAUGGCCCAGAUCGGCCUGCGCUUGCUCGUUGGCUACAUUAUGCUUGAGGAUGCACAGCUGCAGCCCUUGGCCUACGCGAAGCUCCACACCCUCCUCCAGACGGCCUCAGCUCCCAAGAAGGAGGAAGCCUGCUAUCUGCUGGGCAAGCUGGAUCUCCCCCUCCAGCGUUUGCUGCACACGAAGUCAGAGGCUCUGUCCUGGCUGGUGCCCAUCAUACGUACCCUGAUGGACCAGUGUUACGAGACCCUGCAGCUCCAGCACUUCCUCCCUUCCCUGCCUCCCACCAACGGCAGCCCCACCUUCUUCGAGGACUUCCAGGCAUUCUGCACCACGGCGGAGUGGAAGGCCUUCAUGGAGAAGCACGUUCUGCCAAACAUGACCCAGUUUGAAAUGGACACAUUUGCCAAGAGCCACGACCACAUGUCCAACUUCUGGAACUCCUGCUACGACUCCCUGAUGAGCAGUUCCCUGAGGAGGGAGAAGGAGAAAGCGGAGAGCAGGAGGAAGUUCCAGGAGCUCGUCCUGGAACCGGUGAUGAAGCGGGCCAAGUACGAGAACAUCCGGCACACCAACACGCUGAAGCAAGUCAACAACCAUCACAACACCGUCUUGAAACAGUGGAGGGCUCUGAAGCGCCUGCUGACCUCUCAGCGUUCUGCCUGGGCUGACCGGGAUCCUCCAGAGAUGCACUGGAAGCUCUCGGGGGCAGAGACCUACUCUCGGAUGAGGCUGAAGCUGGUCCCCAAUUACAACUUCGACAGCCACGCGGAGGCCAGCGCGCUUCGGGACAACCUAGGUGCUGAUUACUCACCGAAGCCCACGGAGGCCUUUUCCCUGGCAGUGGCCAAGGAGGCGAAGGUCAGUAAAAUGCAAGAUGACCAACUGGCGGAAGAGGAGCUACUGUUCCCGGACAAUCAGGUGGAGAACAAAGAGCAGAGUCUGCGCGAGAAGCUGGUGAUCUCGGAGGACUGCGAGCUGAUCACCACAGUGGCCGUGGUGCCAGGGCGCCUGGAGGUCACCACCCAGCACCUCUACUUCUACGACGGCAGCAGCGACAAGGAGGAGACUGAGGAAGGAAUUGGGUACGAUUUCAAGCGCCCCCUAUCUCAGCUCCGAGAACUGCACCUUCGCCGGUACAACCUCCGCCGGUCUGCUCUGGAGUUCUUCUUCAUUGACCAAGCCAACUACUUCCUCAACUUCAAGAAGAAGGUCAGGAACAAUGUGUAUUCUUCCAUCCUUGGCCUGCAACCCCCAAACCAGAUUUACUAUGGCAGCCGUUCUCCUCAGGAGCUACUGAAGGCCUCUGGCUUGACUCAGAAAUGGGUUUACCGGGAGAUCUCCAACUUCGAGUACCUCAUGCAGCUUAACACCAUUGCAGGCCGCACCUACAACGAUCUCUCUCAGUAUCCUGUGUUUCCAUGGAUCCUGAAGGAUUACAUCUCGGAAACACUGGACCUCAGCAACCCCGCCGUGUUCCGGGAUCUUUCCAAGCCCAUUGGGGUGGCCAACGAGAGACACGCCAAGGAUGUCAAAGAGAAGUACGAGAGCUUCGAGGACCCCACAGGCAUGAUCGACAAGUUCCAUUACGGCACUCACUACUCCAACGCGGCUGGCGUCAUGCACUACCUGAUUCGCACCGAGCCCUUCACGACCCUCCACAUCCAGCUGCAGAGCGGAAGGUUUGACUGCUCCGACCGCCAGUUCCACUCCGUCCCCGCGGCAUGGCAAGCCCGCAUGGAGAACCCCGUGGACGUUAAGGAGUUAAUCCCGGAAUUCUUCUACUUCACGGACUUCCUGGAGAACCAGAACGGUUUUGACCUGGGCUGCCUUCAGCUGUCAAACGAAAAGGUGAAGGAUGUGGUCCUUCCCCGGUGGGCAAAGUCUCCUGAGGAUUUCAUCCGCAAGCACAGGAAAGCUCUGGAAUCGGAGUAUGUCUCUGCCCAUCUCCAUGAAUGGAUUGAUCUCAUCUUUGGGUACAAGCAGAGAGGCCCGGCAGCCGUGGAGUCGCUGAAUGUCUUCUAUUACUGCACUUAUGAAGGGGCCGUUGACUUGGACGCCAUUGCUGACGAAACCCAGAGGAAGGCUUUGGAAGGCAUUAUCAGCAAUUUUGGGCAGACCCCGUGCCAGCUGCUAAAGGAGCCCCACCCAGCCCGCCUGUCAGCCGAAAAUGCCGCCCAGAGACUCGCUCGGUUGGACACCACGUCCCCAAACGUCUUUGAGAAUCUCAGUCAGCUCAAAUCCUUCUUUGUGGAGGGUAUCAGCGAUGGGAUUCCGCUGGUGCAGGCUGUGGUCCCAAAGAACCAGGCCCACUCUUUCAUGACUCAGGGAUCUCCUGACAUGCUGGUCACUGUCAGCGCCAAUGGGCUGCUUGGGACCCACGGCUGGCUGCCCUAUGACAAAAACAUCUCCAACUAUUUCAGCUUCACCAAAGACCCCACUGUCUCCAACUCCAAGACCAAGCGCUACCUGCACGGCCCCUUUGCACCAGGGGCGGACCUGUCCUUCAAGACUCUCGUCGUUUCUCACGACGGGAAGCUCCUCUUCAGCGGGGGCCACUGGGACAACAGCUUGCGCGUGACCUCGCUGAGCAAAGGGAAAGUCGUGGGGCACAUCGACAGGCACAUAGAUGUCGUCACUUGCUUGGCCUUAGAUCUCUGCGGAAUCUACCUCAUCUCCGGGUCGCGGGACACCACCUGCAUGGUAUGGCAGGUCCUCCAACAGGGUGGUUUCUCUUGUGGCCUAGCACCCAGACCUGUCCAGGUUCUCUACGGGCAUGACGACGAAGUCACAUGUGUGGCCAUCAGCACCGAGUUGGACAUGGCCGUGUCCGGGUCAAAGGACGGCACCAUCAUCGUCCACACCGUCCGCCGAGGCCAGUUCAUGAAGUCGAUCCGGCCCCCGUGCGAGAGUUCCCUGCCGGUCACCAUCUCCAGCCUGGCGGUGGGCCAAGAGGGGCAGAUUGUGGUCCACACCACCCUGGAGGGAAGGGCAUCUCUGAAGGACAAGUUUGCCCUCCACUUGUACUCUGUCAACGGCAAGCACCUGUCUUCCAUCCCGCUGGACGAGGAAGUCACCGCCGCGUGCAUCACCGGGGACUUUGUCGUGCUGGGGACCGUUCAGUGUUCUCUGCAGAUCCGGGAGCUUUGGAGCCUCCAAGCGGCCGUUUCCCCUUUGUCCAUGAAGGUCCCAAUCCACAGCGUCUCUGUGACCAAGGAGAUGAGUCACAUCUUGGUGGGUCUGGAGGACGGGAAGCUGAUUGUGGUGGGAGCCGGGCAGCCCUCAGAGGUGAGGCCAGGCCAGUUUCACAGGCGGCUCUGGCGUUCGACACGGCGCAUCUCCCAGGUGUCGUCCGGUGAGACAGAAUACAACCCGACGGAGUCCAAGUAGCCGUCCCGGGUCGGCUGUCCACCUUCCUGCUGCCUUCCACCUGCGCCUGCAUCAGAGGGACCCCAGAUCCGUCUGGUCUCACCUGCCGGGGGUGUUCUUUGGCCGCUUCCCCGCUCGUGGUCUGCUGCUGACGGUCUCGUCGCACAGCCCCUGGUUUGUAGCUGUGGAAACUGCCUCAAGGACUCCUAUGCAAACCAGAGGUCUGCGCCCCUCUCGCACAGUGCUCUGGGGGCAGGCGUGUGCAGGACAAUCUCCAGAGGGGGCUCUCGAGAGCCCACCCAGCCGUUCCUCCCCCGUUUCUUGAUUCCUAUUAUUAUUAUUAUUAUUUGAUUCCUGUGGAGCUUGAAGUGGCAAAUGUUUGUAUUCGUCUUCUUACACUGGAAAGAGAGAAAGAGGCCAACGAGGAAUGGGGAGGGCGAGGACUUCCGCUGCCUCCUGCCUAUCCGGCAGGAAACAAAAUGCAAUAGACACACACCAGCCUCAAGACAACAGAGUCUGGUCUUUCUCCGAUGGCCUUAAGCAGACCUUUCUCUUGCACUACGUAGAAGACCUGCGCCAGAACCAAGGAUUCAGAUUCUUGCUGGCCCUGGAGAUAGGGGGCGCCCAGUCUGCUCAUUCCGAGAAAGCUUUAACAGUGAGCUGAAAAGGGAAGGUAUUAGUAGGAGCAUGCUGUUUCUUCUCCAGCUGGGGGCACCGGACGGGGUGGAGGGGCAACCCACUCGGUUCUAGGCCGAAGAUAUUAGCAAGGCAGCCAACCCUGCAAGCAUCAAAGCAGAGGGGUGUGGCAAAUAGGCAGCAUGUCCUGCCUCGCUGGGUUGUUUCCUCCCCCCGCCCCAAUAUCCACAGGGAUUGGGAUAUUUCCUAUUGGUGACCUCAGAGGCGAGAUCUAUUGAAUUUCUGGGGGAGGAGGGAUGUCCGUGACUCUUCUGCGCCAAUCUUGGUGCCAUGCACAGUUUCACCAGCAAUAAGCCCCGGCCUCUCAGCGUAGACUUGUGUCUUUACCAAAUCCUAGCAGGCCGAGACCUUCUGUGGUAUCUCGAGGGGAGGAUCCGCAGAAGAUUUUGUGCAGCCCCGGUAAGGGAGUCCUUCUCCUGGCCUGCUGCGGUUCCCAGUCCUCCAAAGUGCAACGGCGUAUUUUUGGAAGAGGGCUACUCUGCAGUUGCUAAAACGAAGGCAGUCCAGACUUUUUAAAGGCUUUCUGCGAGCCGACCGAGCUGCUGUUUAGAACGGGGACUUUGGGUGGAAUCGCCAGCAAGGAAUUCAGUUAUCCCCCUCCCCCCCCCCCCAAAUACGUUCAAGAACAGGCUGGGUGUCGCUGGCUGUCCAGUUCCCCUUUAAGCACUUUUUGAUAACCAAAACCGCUCAAUGUUGAAGGUGAAAUAAACAGACGAGCCGCUUGUGGCUCUCAACAGGACACAUCAGGGGUCUUUUUCCAGCAGGUGUGAAGGGGCAUGCUGUUUCAGAACAGGUACCCCCGAAGAACCCGCUUGCUUUUCUCCAGCCUUACCUGGAUAUCGACUAAGGCAUAUAAUGGGAAGGGGAAAUAACACUCGGUGGGGAACAACAAGAACACCUCUGAAAUGGAGGGCUUUGCCUCAAUCUACUGAAACGUCAUCUCAGAGCAAACGUCCCUUGGAGUCCAGAUAGAUUGUUGGCAUAUAAUGGGAAGGGGAAGGUCAUCUCAGAGCAAACGUCCCUUGGAGUCCAGAUAGAUUGUUGGCAUAUAAUGGGAAGGGGAAAUAACACUCGGUGGGGUACAAGAACACCUCUGAAAUGGAGGGCUUUGCCUCAAUCUACUGAAACGUCAUCCCAGAGCAAUCGUCCCUUGGAGUCCAGAAGUGAAUCAGAAGCUCAAUGGGAAUUUCGGUUAGUCCCUAUGGAUGCAGGUGGUUGAAAGAGUGUUUCGGAGAGAUGACAGAAGAUCAUGUGAACUUUGACUGGUAGCCAUAAGGGUGACUCAGUUCUACAAAGAGAGAAAUGCCUGGAUCCUUUUCGCCCCGCAGGUAACUUUGUUUCAUUCCUGAGAUCCCGGAUCGCUGAUCCCUCCCGGUCUUUUGUAAAGUUGAGAGCAAACCUGGAUUGUUUUUAUUUUUUCCACAGAAGGCAGUUGUGAGUAUUCCCCUUGGCCCAUCCUUCUCCCUUUCUGGCACUCACACCCAUGUGUCCCUUCGAUCAAGGAAACUGAAGGGGUCAGAGGCUGCAUCCCGGAAGGUUCUUCCUUUUUUCCCAGAUUCGGUUGGGCUGCCCACUCUUAACUUUAUACAAUGUGAGGACUUUGAAUCUUUCCUUCACACACGACUCGCCCUGAACCAAAACUGUAGUUGGUCUUGGAGAAAACAGGGCUGGUCGACUUCCAGAUCUUUAGAUCUUGGUUCCAUCUCUUUGCUCAUGUAGGACACAUUGAGUUAGUGGGGCUGCAGACAAUUUGAAGAGGAGCAUCUCUCGUAGAUCCCGUAAGGGAAAUUUGGGGCUCUCGGUUCAGUCUUCCGGGUAGCUUCCUUGCCACAUUAUAUCACAUGUCCGUCCCCAUAACACAAAGCACAUCCCACCACUAUGAUUACACACGGGCAGGCCUCUUUUUUUUCUGCAGGGACUCCUUUGCAUAUUAGGCCACACCCUCCUGAUGUAGCCCAUCCUCCUUUAGCUUACAGUAGACCCUGCACGAAGAGCCCUGUAAGCUCUUGGAGGAUUGGCUACAUCAGGUGGGUGUGACCUAAUAUGCAAAUGAGUUCUUGCUACAAAAAAAAGCCCUGUCCACGGGAGCCCCUUGGUUCUUCCAGAUGAUCUUUGACUAGCUCUCCUGGGACAGCCACCAAUGUUUUAUCCUCAAGUAAUUUUGCUGUUGACACUUGAUUGUUCCUAAACCACGUUGUUGGCUUGCCCUGCUGUUUCCUUGGGGGGGGGGGCGAGGAGGAUUGGUACCGUGACAGUUACUUGUGUGGCUUCAAGAACAUGUCAACCUUGUCUGUGCUGAUGGUCAAGCCCCAUGGCUAAGCAUACAUGUGACAGUGGAUUCUCCUGUCUAUAGGCUGGAAUUCUAAAAAGGGAUAUGUCUUCUUUCAAACAGGGCUUUGUCAAGAAGGCUUUAAGACCCGCUGGAAGAAGUGCACUGGCUUUCUAUGCGCCAAAAAUGGCACUGUGAACCCUGAAACUCUGUAGGGGGAGAUAUUUUGCACUGGACAGUUGAUUACAAAAGGGUUUUUUUCCGUGUAGAACUUGUCUUGCCACUCUCUCCCUCUCUUAGGACCAACCAACUCUCCCACGUCCCUCUGUGGAUCCAGGAUCGACUUAUAUUCAUACAGUAGAUAUGCCUUUCUCCUUCCUUUUGCUAAAGAGAAAGGUCCAGGCUCUCAAAGCAAUGACCUCUGACCCUAACCCGCCCCACUCCUAAAAGUGAAUCUUUGGUGAAGGCCGAGUUUGAAGAACACCAAGUGCAAUAUUGCAUUUUGCAGAUAAAAUAUGCUCUUUUUCUGACUGUCCCGUUGUACCAUUGUUUCCUGUGUACAUAAUAAUAUAUAAACAGGUUUUUGUACCUUUUACGAAUGUUGAUCCAAAUUUUUCUACUGUUUUGUAUUUUAUUGAGGGGUGGGGGGGAGAGUUACUUAGAGCUUUUUGGACUCCUGCAGGCUUUGAAGGAGUGCCCAAGUCUCCAUGUGGAUUUGUCCUCUGUUCAGGGUGAGAAUUGUACGGGGAGGGACACAAGGCGAUCCUUCCAGAGGACUCUGCGCUGGCCAAGUCGUCUCGGUUUCCAUCUCUUCAUUUUGUUCUGGCUUUGUGGGGGGUCAAAUAGGCCCAAGGGAGUUUUGCAGCUCAGUGGUCAAGGCUUCUGAAUCAACCUGUUUUUUCAGGGUUCUGAUUCAAAAGCUUUCGAACGCCCAUCUCUAGCAGUUGUUCCAACAGAAACUGGAUUCCCUUCACAUCACGCUUUGAUGUGCGCGAUGGAACACAAGGGGGGAAUAGUACCUGCAACGAGGGUGAGGAGAAGUGGGACACCAAAGCUAACAGCCAGUUUUGGAUUCUCUUCUUGGACCUUAUUUGUUUUUUCUCCAUUUGGACAUGGGUGGGUGUUGACACGGGAAGAGUUCUAGAAGGGCUUUCACGUCUCCUGCUGCUUUGGGUCGCACUAAGAGCGAGCCUUUUUGUCGUUACAGUUUGACGUGGCCUCACCUUGAGUUGAGACACUGUCUAUAUGCAGUCACACAUCCCAUCAACGGCGUUUUCCUUCUUGGAAGUUAUCCGAGUUGCUGGACAUCACCGUGAGGUUGCAGCGGGACUGAGCUGAGGGGGUUGCUGGCCUCACCCUUUGAAUGAAGGGGCGCCAGAAAGCUAGCCAAAGAUGAACGAGACACAUUUUCAUUCCGGCAGUUUUGAGUUUGACAUGCAGAGAUCCCCUUUAUGGAGCUGCACAGAGAAUUGCUCACAGAGAUCACGGAUUAGUGCAGCGCUUAGUGAAAUGAGCCUGAAUGAUGUGUAGAGUAUGAAAUACCACAAAGCAUGCCUUCAUCUUCUUCCCUAGAUCUGGGGGGGGGGGUUACUGCAGGCAUUUCUAGGACACACAGGAAGUCCAGCUUUCAAAGGGAGAGACAUAGGCUGGCUUAGGUUAAGGUCAGAUUUGCACCCGUUUUCAUUUGCAAAUUAUCUUUCAAACGGGUCCCCGUCACAAAGGGGCCACACAACAGUCCAUCAGUGACAGAGUUCCUCAUUCUGACCAAGGUUUGAGGCUCACUUUAUGGAUCUCUCUCGGUUUCUGCUCCAGAGUCCAAAACGGUGGCCGCAGAGACAGGACAAAUCCACAUCAGACUGGUUUGCUCUCGGGAGAACAACUACAAAGCCCAGGGCAGCGUCCGUCCACAUAAAGCACAAUCCGAACUUAAAUUUUAUAAAAGAGUUUAUGCCUUAAACUUGAAAAUGACUGCCUUCAGCUGUCUGGGGUUUUAUCCUGCGGCCUUGAUGGUAUCCUGUUCAUAAAACUUUGAAUAAACUUCAGAAAGAAACAAAAA